AUGUCUUCGGAUUCUGCAGAUCCAUUCUACUGGAUGAGAGUAAUUUUAGCUUCUAACAGGGGUAAGUUCUACAGCCUUUAUAUUUUUGACUCGUCCAAAAUUCAAACCAGUAACCGUAAAAUUAGAUCUUGUUGUGCAGGUAAAAAGCACAAAUUUCACCACACCCUCAGCUGUUUUCUCGUAACUUUAAAAAUAAAGAAAAUUUUACGUUUAUUAUUAUUUUUUAUUUUAACGACAUUGAUCGUCAGGGUUUUUGUUGCUCAUUUGAAUGUCUCUCUAAAAGGAAGUAACUUCUUGCGGCCAUUUUAAGAGACUUCUGCGGUCUUUAUUUUUCUCCAAAUUCACGUUUAUCAGGGGAAGGGAAAAGUUCGUUACUUUGUAAAGGUCCAACUUUUAAUUUGUUAGUUGUAUUUUGGAAAUAUUCCCAUAUCACACAUGUAAUGAUGUAUGUUUUCUUUUAUUUCAUGAUCAAAUCAAGAGUUUGGACCCAUACAAAUACUUCUACUUCUCCUUUCUUUUCGUGAUCUUUUUUGUGUCAAAAUUUGUGCCUCUUGAAAUCAUUUAAACAGCUGGAAGAUACACUUUAGCUUAAGUGUCUUUGCUUACACUAGAAGGCAGAGAAUAAGAUUAAAAAAGAUACUGUUAAUUUUUUUUGAAUGAAAUAAUUAUAUGCAAAGUUGGUAUAUAUCGCAUAAACAUUUUGGACCCAUACAAAACACUGAAUGAGAAAUCUAAGUGUUUGAUAUGUUACUAAUAACCCUUUAAUGGUGAUUUACAAAAAAGCUUUCAUCAUUGCUGUCAAAGUGUAACAUAGUUUUUAUUUUAAUUUUAAUUUUUUGAGUUAGGGAUUGUGUACCUACUUAGAGCUAUAAUACAUCACGCCAGUUUUGUACAUACAGCAUAAAAACCCCUUUUAAAAUUAUUGUAUUGAAAAGCAUACACUGUCUUGACAUUUCUUGAAAUUUGCUGUUUCUUUUAGGUACCCUUAUGGAACUUGGAAUUUCCCCAAUAGUUACAUCUGGACUGAUUAUGCAGGUAUGGGUUGACUGCAAUUAUACUUAAAGCAUCUUGGGUAUUUACAUUGGAACUGGUCUAAUCUAACUUGAAAAAAAUAUCUCAGCUCCUGGCAGGUUCUAAAAUCAUUGAGGUUGGUGAUAGUCCUAAAGACAGAGCUCUCUUCAAUGGAUCUCAGAAAUGUAAGUACCUUCCAAGGUAGCAUAAUGAGGUUGCCAGAUCUUAGACUACACCAAAUGCACUUGGCAUUAGUGUUUUAGGACCAUCAAGGUAUUCAGUUCCUAAAAUGUCAAUGCUUUUUUGAACUUUGUACACUGGAGUUGGAAAUCGCUGGAAAUUUACCUAACAAUUUUCUAAACUGCAAUACAACAUUUGAUUUUGUUUACAAAGUACUUGUAGUUUAAUAUGCAGGCAUUAUGCCUGAUGUUCAGUGUACAGUCAAACAUCAACAGUUGAUGUAUAGUAUUAUGCUGAAAAUUAUGCUGGCAUAAUCUGCCAGACCCUACCCAGUCCCUCUGUAUGUAUUAAAGGAGCUAGGAUAUAUGGGGCUUAGAGGAGUUUAGUGUCCUUGACAGAGCUAUAAUAAACAAUGCACUGAUUAAGUGUUCUUUUCUACUAGUAUUUGGCAUGAUUAUUACCAUUGGCCAGUCUGUGGUGUAUGUUAUGACUGGAAUGUAUGGUGACCCUUCUGAUCUUGGCCCUGGUAUCUGCCUUUUGAUUAUCAUUCAGGUAACUUGAGACAUGUUCAUUUUAUUUUAUGUACUCUGUUCUUUGGUUAGCUAUUUUGAAUAAGGUUAGAUAUUGAAAUUGGCACUUUGUGUCUUUAUAGUCCUGAAGUGCAUUGUUUACACUUAACAUUAAUAACUGCAUCGUUAAAUGGAGGUUGGGUACGUGCCUAGAGUAUCCAGGAGCUUCCACUUUUGGCAGCCCGUCCCCAGAUUGAUGAAUGCCUUUAUGGCUGGCACAAUGGUGCAACCCAGCCAUGAGCACCCCACUCAUAAGGAAACAAAAGGCACCUGUCACAGUGAAAAUAUAAGUGGAGAAAGAAGCAUAGGGAGGAGGGGAGGGAAGAAGAAUUAAUCGAAAGAAACCUUGUAACAGGAACAACCCAGCUGGAAGGAAACUCCAUGUACACCAGUGAAUCUCUUGAAGGAUGUAGCAAACUACUGGGCAUGUACAUGUACAUGCUGACCUACUAUGGACCAAUAGCACAUUGUUAACUCCUUUAAAUUCCAUUUAAAUGCAUUGAAAUUUUGUUUCUUUUUACAGCUGUUUUGUGCUGGUCUCAUUGUGCUGCUUCUUGAUGAGCUUUUGCAGAAAGGUUAUGGUUUGGGAUCUGGGUAAGUAGCUCAAAUUUUUUGUUUGCAUCAAUUGCCAAACUGAAAAAAUUGAGAAGAAUCCCUCAUUUAUAAAUCCACUUAUCUUGGCGAAAUGGCAUCAAGGCUUCAAUCAUGUGAGUUUGAUGACCCAAAACACUACUAAUACAGAGAAGAAUUGAUUACACACAAAUUUGGUUUUUACCUAGAAUAACUUUUUCUUCAUGGACAAAAUAAUUAGGGCUGGUUUACACAAAGAACACUAACACACAUCCAAUACAAAUGCAAGCACAGUGAGACAUGUAUGUGUAUUUAUGCAUUCUGGAUUCCAGCAUGGUUUUUCAACUUGCAUUUGGGCUUUUGUUUGCAAAUGCAAAUGCAAGCAGAAAUGCACGCACAAGUGCCGAGGCAAGAAAUCAAACAUUUUCCAUUUCUCGCAUCUUUGCUUGCAUUUGUGUCGAUGUAGUUCACACAUUUGUAUUUUUUUGUUUGCAUUUAUGUUGAUGUUUUGUUUUACAUUAACCAGGCCUUAGUGCCACAAUAAGAGUCCCUUAUUAAUUCAGGAAGGAAACAAUAUAUGCAGUUUUGUAACAGUUAGUGCAAUUAUUAUAUUUUAUAAUUUUGUAGAAUCUCAUUGUUCAUUGCUACAAACAUCUGUGAGACUAUUGUGUGGAAAGCUUUCAGUCCAGCAACCAUCAAUACUGGCAGGGGUAUGUGGUUGAAUGCUUGGUCUUGUUAAUUAUUGGAUGUUAAUUAUUGGGUUAGGCUAGUUUCAAUAGAUUUACAAGAAAUGUGCCGAACAAUGUUCUCUUACCCUUUUAUUGGGUAGUGACACUUAGAAAAUCAUUUUAGCCAUUAGUGGUAUCACAGAUCUGGGGAAAAAGAGAAGUACGUAAUAAGAAAAAAAGUAGUUAAAAAUAAACCAGGUCUGUCACUAAGAUUUCAAGUUGCUGUAUAUGUCUUAUUAGUAUGUUGGGAAUUAAACCCCUAGUUCUAUGAAAGUAGCCAGAGGUCAUGAUGAUAGUAUCCAGAAGAAAUCUCUGGCCCCUCAGUUCUUAGUGACAUGCCUGAAAAACUAAUAACCUGCCUCUUUUUUCAGGAACUGAAUUUGAAGGAGCAAUCAUUGCUCUCUUCCAUUUGCUGGCCACCAGAACAGAUAAAGUGCGUGGUCUGCGUGAAGCCUUCUAUCGUCAAAAUCUGCCAAAUCUUACCAACCUCAUUGCCACUAUCUUUGUCUUUGCAAUAGUUAUUUACUUCCAGGUAAUCAUGAAGUCUUGCAUGUAAUUCUUGUCUUUUUUGUUAAUUUAUGUGGUCCUAUGAGCACUGAAUAUUUCCAAGAGAGGUUGACUGUGAAGACUACAGUAGUACUACAUAUGCAUUUUUUUUAAUGAUUGCUUUGUCUGAUGCCUUGGUUGUGUCACCAACUUCUUUGAUUGUCUCUGCUUCCACUUCAUUUGAAGGAUGUAGAUGUGUCAGAAUAGCGUGGAGGACUUACUUAACCACAUACUCACAGAAUUGCCCCCCUUGGGAGCAUAGGGUGUUAUUGUCUCCACCUCUUUUUUCUGGGCCAGGGCAUUUGCUUUCUACUAGGCAAGGUAGACUGCUUGACAGUCUUUAUAAUCCCACAAUAAUUACAAUCGAAUGCCAUUUGAGGUGACUCAAUUCAUUUUUGCAUUAGCUGAGUGCAAUUUUCAUACCCUAGAUUGAAUAUUUGUAUUCGUCUCUUUACAGGGCUUCCGUGUGGAUCUGCCAAUCAAGUCAGCUCGUUACAGAGGGCAGUACAGUUCAUACCCAAUCAAGCUUUUUUACACCUCAAACAUUCCCAUUAUCUUGCAAGUGAGUUCAAUAGACACUAUGCACAGUGUAUUUUUAGUCUGUCUGGGCAGACCAAACAAUCAAAUCUUAAUUGAGUUUCUCCCUAUAAAGCAGGUUACUUCUGUAUUACCCCUUCUUCUAUAAAGGUUCCAAGCAUUCCCAAAUACCAGUACAUUAAAACACAUCAUUCGUUAAAAAAUAACUGUUGUGGACUGUUUUGUUCAGGAAAAGAAACUUCACCACAGUAGAAUCCUGAUUUCUUAAACCCGUUGGUUUUUUGAAAUUCCUGAUAAUUCACACCAAAUGUAACUUCACUUCACCAAUCAAAUGCUGUAAUUUUACACCUGAGUUUUUCAAACUUUCUGAUAAUUUAAACCAUUGGGAAAACCUUUAACACUGCUGCUUCAGUUCACAUUUUUCUUGGCCCAACCAUAGUUACUAACCAUAAUGUAAAAAUUGUCCAAAUCACUCUCCUUUUGUGCCUUCAAUUUUACUGUGGCUCCUCUGAACUUUGCAUACAUUUUGAAGGUGAAGCAGUAAUAACAUUAUUGUGCGGCCCUGCUCAUGUGUAUUUCUCAAUUUUUUCAUUGACUUGUAGAGCGCUCUGGUGUCCAACAUCUAUGUCAUCUCCCAAAUGCUGUCAACAAAGUUUGGAGGAAAUUUCUUUGUUAAUAUCCUUGGAACUUGGGAGGUGGGUCUUUAUAAGAUACAUCAUUGCCAAACUAACACCCUAGGGGACUUUUAAUGGCCAUUAAACUCAUCACCAAUAGAUGAACUUGGGCGCUGGUGCCCAAUUAGGGGAAGUCCUUGAAAAGUCCUUGAGUUCCAUUUUUCUGUGAAAAGUCCUUAAAUUUCUGUGCAAGUCCUUGAAAAUUCCUUGAAUUUUCUUCAACUUUGAAUCUAGUGGCCUGGAAAGUGUUUUUGAUGCUUUUUGGUUGUCUAAGACAGAAUAUAAUCAUAGCUUGGAGAAUUAAACGGUUAUUCACAUAAAGUGCUUUAUGUUUUAUACAAUAAUUAACUAUCAGUUGAAGACAAGUGAACUGAAAAAUGUAGAGUAGUUGGUGAAGCAAACAGUUCCAGCCUUAAAGUCUUAUUAGAAUAGAAUACUGGGAAUGUGCAUUUUUGUAUUAGGUGGUCCUUGAAAAUCUAAUGUGGUCCUUAAAAAGUCCUUGAAAAUGGUUGCAUUUUCUUGUAUAAACACUAGAUGAGGGCUGUAUGUUCAGGUGCUCACAUCAAAGUGCAGUGACAUGAUACCAUUGGGCCUCUCUCUUUUAUCCGUGCUUAUCAAUUUUAAGGGCACUUGGAAGUGCCAGUAGUGUUUAUUGAAAUGUGUAGGUGACAUACUGUAGACCUUGGUGGAAGGGGGAGGGGAGGGGACCAUUACAAGCCCACAGUAACAUGUGCUAUGCUGCUGUGGUUACCUUGCGAAGAAAUUGAAAAGCCAACCCUCCAAGUUAAAGUUUUUGCUCAGUCAUCAUGUGGCAAUCAACUCUUUUGGUUUAGGGAGACUUUUUAACAAAUAAAGUCACCAGGUGCAAAAUUUUAGGCGCCAUGGCAACCAAGAUGGUUGCAACUUCGAGGGUUGAAAGGUAGUAAGACAAUAACUAAAAUUUAGAAUGAUGUGACUCACCUUUCUGAAUGUGUUUUUAGGAAGCUGGUGGUGGCCCUGCUAGGUCAUACCCCACUGGUGGACUGUGUUAUUACAUGUCUCCUCCAGAGACAGUGGGGCACAUUAUAGAGGACCCCAUACAUGCUGUCUUAUACAUCUUCUUUAUGCUUGGCUCCUGUGCCUUCUUCUCUAAGACAUGGAUUGAUGUGUCUGGCUCUUCAGCUAAAGAUGUAAGUCGUCAUAUUGCAAAUGUGCAUUUUAAUUCAGAUUGGAAAUGUAGUUGGUUUUGUUACCCAUUGCAAGGUUGGCCAAAUCUUUAGUUGAUUGUUGUAAUUCUUUUGACCCAAAUCUCAAUACACUCAGCUAUUUUCUUAAUUAAAUACCUUGUGAUUUGUGAUCAGUUUUUGUGACCCUUGUAUUGUAACAAAUAGGUUUUCACUACAGUGGCAGUCAAUUUUCUCUUAAACCUUUUUUUUUUAUUGUGUCCUGUUGGUAUUUGUGACAGGGGAGGUGAGGGGUGAAGAGAGUGUGGAAUGCAGUAUACAGUACGUAGCACAAAAUUAUAUUGAAGUAGUAUUAUUUCUUUCAUUAAGAGUUUGGCUCUCAUUGCUACUUCUUCAGGUUGCUAAGCAGCUCAAAGAACAACAAAUGGUGAUGCGAGGCCACCGAGACAAGUCUAUGGUCCACGAGCUGAACAGGUAAACUUUUUCUUAUGUUUUAUGGUAACUACUGUAAUUGUGAGAUGUCUUAAUCAAAGACACAGGCAGUUUUGCUUAACUCUUUGCUUUACUGGUUACUGGAAUUGAAUUUGUAUUUGAAAGAAAAUAAUCUUUGUUUUUUGUCAUAAAAGGUACAUCCCUACUGCUGCAGCCUUUGGUGGUCUUUGUAUUGGAGCUUUGUCUGUCCUGGCUGACUUUAUGGGUGAGUUCAUUGAGUUUAACUUAUACCCACCUCUCUUGACUGGGUUCUUGGUCAUGGGACUAGCCUUGUAAUAAUGACAUAAUCCUCUGUUUUUACUGUCAUGCCAUCAAAAAUAAAAAAUGCAAACCAUUCAAUACAGAAAUUGAGAAUCAGAGAAAUAAAAGAAGAGCCUCACCAAAAAUCAGGUUUGUGUGAUAUUACACAUGUGAGAUAUUCGGAAAAAUGUUUUGCCCCCCAAAAAAUAAUUUACAAAGCUUUGUAGGAAUACAGCAGGGGGCACAAAUAUGGCGGCUGAAAACUAACAAAAACAUGUCUUUAAAGGUUUUUUUUACAAAAGCGGGAGUACAUCACUGGAGGAACUCAAAAACAUUAAAGUAAUAUUCAUUCUGAGACAAAGAAUGUUUAGAUAACAAAAUCUUAAAAAAUUGGUAACAAUUUUAACCCACAUAAGAGCUUUCCCAGACACCAACUAAAUGCCACAUCAUGCAAAGGUUUGGAAAUUCAAGCAUCCUCUAUAGGAAAAUUUCGAACCCUUUUGAACAGAAGAUAUGAAUAAAUAAAGGUGUUUGCAUGCUGUAAUACCUCAUGAAAGUAGAAACUCUGAAAAAUCGAUAAUUGCCUACUGUAUUUAUUCCAAUAAGGGCCCAACCCCGAAUUAGCGCCCACUCUCAAGGUCCAAAAACUUAAUAAGCGCCCAGGGCAGUUAAUCGAAUAAAUGCGGUAGUUGGAAUUUUGGUAACAUCAUGUGAAAACCGAAAAUAUUAUUAUACUGAGACCAUUGGGACCAGCCUACAUUACAUAACUUUUACAUUGUUUCAUAAAUUUCCUUGUUUAGUGGUCAUCUACUGUGUGUGAAGCUGUUGCUUAGCUAUCACUUAUUCUCUUUUCAGGUGCAAUUGGCUCUGGAACUGGAAUUUUACUGGCCGUCACCAUCAUUUACCAGUAUUUUGAAAUAUUUGUCAAGGAGCAGAGCGAAAUGGGAGGCAUGGGAACUCUUCUGUUUUAACCCGACCAACUGCCACACAAAAGAUCAAACCAUUUGGAGAAAUUUUUACUGUCAUUAUACAUGUUCAAUAUCCAACAAGAACUACAUCUUGAAACUGUUUUUUCUGUUAGAUAGCAGUGGAAAUAGCAACAGAAAUGAAUAAAGGAGAAAACAAGGGAUAAGCUAUUUUAUCCACUGCAAUCUUGCAGUUCUUAUCCCAUGGAGUUUGUGUUGUUAUGUGUAUUUUUUACCGUAUCUGACUCUUCUUAAUUUACAAAUUACCAUUUUUACAUCGAAAGAAAUCUGUCUGUUAUCUGUUGUAGAAUACAAAGAGUAUUUUAUGGUUAAAAGUGAUGAUGACAGUGUUGUUACCAGUGUCUUAUUGAAGUGUCGAAUUUUGUUUAUUUCCUUUUUGCAACUGUUUGUCCAUUUGUCUCACUGAGUUCGAACUUACAGCAAGAACACUCAAAUACUAAGCUCAAACGAAUUAUAUCGUAAAAUUAUUAAAAUUCUAUUGAGUACCAUAAGCUAAUAUAACUGUACAAACUAUUGUACAUCGUUUGAGUUCAGCUAUUUGAGGUUUUGUUUGCAAGGACUGGUAAGACAUUUAAGUAGUCUCGUAACAACAUAAACCGGAUAACAAAAAAUUUUCUCUCAGAUAUGCAUCUCAAUAAAACCAAUGUCUGUUAAGAUCUGAAAUUGAUAGUGUGGCUGUAAUGAAGCAGUCAUUUAGACUUGUGUGAAUUUCUGUAAUUGUCUCAAGAAAAUGUUCAGUAUCUACGGUGACUCCGCUUUUAGACUUGGCUAAAUUUAUAUAGUUUAGUCAAGGUUUUUCCCCUAAGUUUUGAUUCUCGUUAUUUAUUGAGCAAAACAGCGCUAAAACAAAGUGCAACGUUGAAAACGGGAGAAACUUAAAAUAGCUGGAGCCCUUAUUAAAUAUACACAAGAGUCUAAAGUUGAAGCUAUUCCCUGAAAAAGGGCAUUCCCCUUGAAAACACGUUUAGUUUUUAAAAGUGGAAACUACUGAAACAAGUCCAGAGUUUGAGAGACUUUCCUAUCUUGACAUUUCAUUUGAUUAGGAACGGUGUUUAAGGAGUUCCUGUGUAGAAUCUUGUAAUU